CACUCCCGGUCCGUCGCUGCCAUUCGGCAGAUAAAUGCGGAACACAGACUGGCGAGAGCGAAGCUGCUGCCCUUCAUCCGUCUGAUUUCACUCAUCACCUGUGACUUCACUUGUGACUUGGACACCAGGUGAAAAUGGCGACGCCGGAGUCAAAGAAGAUCUUCUUUGAGAACCUGUCCGGGGCGGGGAAAGCCAUCGCCGUGCUGACCAGCGGCGGAGAUGCUCAAGGUAUGAAUGCUGCUGUGCGGGCUGUGGUCCGAAUGGGAUUAUACGUUGGAGCUAAAGUUUAUUUUAUUCAUGAGGGGUAUCAGGGUAUGGUGGACGGUGGAGAUAACAUAAAGGAAGCCACAUGGGAAAGUGUUUCCAGCAUGCUGCAAGUGGGUGGAACUGUUAUAGGUAGCGCCCGCUGCAAAGAAUUCCGCUCUCACGAGGGCCGCCUGAAGGCCGCGCUGAACCUUGUGCAGCGAGGCAUCACCAACCUUUGUGUAAUUGGUGGAGACGGCAGCUUGACAGGUGCCAACCUUUUCAGAGAGGAGUGGAGCGGACUGCUGGCUGAACUUGUGGAGCAAGGUUCUAUUGAAGCCGACUCUGUCCAGAAGUAUUCAGCCCUUCACAUCGUGGGGAUGGUUGGCUCCAUCGACAAUGACUUUUGUGGAACUGACAUGACAAUCGGUACUGACUCUGCGCUACAUAGAAUCAUUGAGGUCGUGGAUGCCAUCAUGACAACUGCACAAAGCCACCAGAGGACGUUCGUUUUGGAGGUCAUGGGCAGACACUGUGGCUACCUGGCCUUAGUCAGUGCCCUGGCUUGUGGUGCGGACUGGGUACUGAUACCUGAGAUGCCCCCUGAGGACGGCUGGGAGGACAAGAUGUGUCAAAAACUGUCUGCGAACCGAGCAGGGAUGAAAAGGCUGAAUAUCAUAAUAGUAGCAGAGGGUGCGAUUGAUCGUAACAACAAGUCCAUUACCACUGACUAUGUUAAGGAUCUUGUUGUCAAAUGUCUGGGCUUCGACACACGAGUGACAAUCCUGGGUCAUGUGCAAAGAGGAGGGACGCCCUCGGCCUUCGACCGCAUCUUGGCGAGCCGUAUGGGCGUGGAGGCCGUGCUCGCCCUGCUGGAGACAACAGCAAACACUCCAGCCUGUGUGGUCUCCCUCUGCGGGAACCAAUCUGUUCGUCUUCCUCUGAUGGAGUGCGUGCAGAUGACCCAAGAAGUUCAAAAGGCGAUGGAUGAGAAACGAUUUGAGGAGGCUGUCAAGCUUCGGGGCAGGAGUUUCCAAAACAACCUGAAGACCUACAAACUGCUGGCUCAUCGCAAACCAGAAUCGGAGCUGCCGACCAGCAACUUCAACGUGGCGGUGUUAAACGUCGGCGCGCCUGCUGCAGGAAUGAACGCCGCCGUGCGCUCAGCUGUCAGGGUUGGCAUUUCGGAGGGACACAAGAUGUUUGCAGUCAGCGACGGGUUUGAGGGAUUCUACAAAGGGCAGAUUAAGGAGAUCAAAUGGGCUGACGUCGGAGGAUGGACGGGUCAAGGUGGAUCCCUGCUAGGCACUAAAAGAACGCUUCCUGCUAAGCAUGUUGACAAAAUCGCUGAGCAGAUGCGAAAGCACAACAUUAAUGCUCUGCUGAUUAUCGGUGGAUUCGAGGCCUUCCUGUCACUGCUGGAGUUGUUAACGGCGCGUGGGAAAUAUGACGAGUUCUGUGUGCCUAUGAUCAUGGUGCCAGCCACCGUUUCCAACAAUGUGCCGGGCUCAGACCUCAGCAUUGGCGCUGACACAGCUCUGAAUGCCAUCACUACUGCGCUUGAGAGUCUGCUGCAGCUGUAUGAGGCUCGCGCUACCUAUGAGGAGUUUUGCAUCCCGAUGUGUAUGCUGCCUGCCACCAUAAGUAACAAUGUGCCUGGCACUGAUCUAAGUAUCGGGGCAGACACUGCCCUCAAUGCCAUUGUGGAGACUUGCGAUCGCAUCAAGCAGUCUGCCAGCGGGACGAAGAGGCGCGUGUUCAUCAUCGAGACCAUGGGGGGCUACUGCGGCUACCUGGCCACCGUGGCCGGCCUGGCCAGCGGCGCUGACGCAGCUUACAUCUACGAGGAGCCGUUCGACAUCCGGGACCUGCAGGCUAAUGUUGAACAUUUGACUGAGAAAAUGAAGACCAGCAUUCAGAGAGGCCUCGUGCUCAGGAACGAAAACUGCAACGACAACUACACCACAGACUUCAUCUACCAGCUCUACACUGAGGAAGGGAAGGGGGUGUUUGACUGCAGGAAGAACGUCCUGGGACACAUGCAGCAGGGAGGAGCGCCGUCUCCAUUUGACCGCAACUUCGGGACCAAGAUCUCAGCCAAAGCUAUGCACUGGGUGUCCAGGAAACUGGUGGAGACCUUCAGACAAGGACGUGUCUUUGCAAACGCUGAGGAUUCUUGCUGCUUGCUGGGGAUGCGCCGCAGAGUCCUGGUCUUCCAGCCCGUCGUCCAGCUCAAGUCAGAGACCGAUUUUAUUCACCGCAUCCCACAGGAGCAGUGGUGGCUGAAGCUCCGCCCCCUCAUGAAGAUCCUCGCCAAAUAUAAGACCAGCUACGACGUCUCCGACUCGGGCCAACUCGAGCACGUCAUGCGCAACCGGCCCAAAGAAGACGCUUCUGCAGCCAUGUAGACAACGGAGCUACAUGUCGACCCACGUGUGACGUGUUUGUUCAUGUGUGUUUGUGUGAGUCAGAACGAAGGUGUUGUGCUAGAGCCGCGAGGACACGACCUGUCUUUACCUUCAACGCCACUCCUGUUUGGUUUGUCUUGACGGACGCCAGUGCUGUAACCCAGCCUCAGCAGUGCACCUAAUAUCAACACACACACCGUUUGUAUUCGCACUCCUGCUGUGUAUCUGCGUGUCCUCAUGUGGUCCAAACUUUGCACUUUUGUCUCCAGUCAGAUUAGACACUGGACCUGCUGUGAGUCAGUUCAGCACAUUUGCGAUGCAAUAGAGUCCUCCUGCUGCCAGUCGAGAGAACUACACUCAAAUAUUUAUCUUUUUAACCUUUUUUUUUUGCUUGUGAACAUAAGUAAAAUGCAUAACUGUAGUCGCUGCUGUAACAAGUAGCUGUCUGUCACCAAGUGUUUCCACCGAAUUAAACUUGAAGUAUGAGCA